GGAAGGAAUAGUAGUAAUUAUUAUUAUUAUUGUUGUUAUUGUUUUGGUGGUGGUGGUGGUGGGAAAGACCAUCUUUGGAUAUGGAACAAGAAGAGUUGAACAACUUGACCAAGGAGAGGACGGAGAGUAAAAGGAAGAACAAUAGAAAGAAAAAGAAGAAGAAGGAAAACGGAGUGAACGGUAGCUCUAAGGUGACAGAAGGUGAUACUCAACCUGUACCUCAAGACGUCGAAACAAAGGAAGAUUGGGUCGGCUUGAGUAAAGUAUUUACGAAAGGAGUGUAUCCUGUGGGUGAAGUUCAAGAAUAUAAAGAUAAAAAUACUUACAGGAAAACGAGUGAGGAGCUUCGUGAACGUGAAAGGUUGGAAAGUGAUUUUUACAACUCGUUCCGAAGAGCAGCAGAAGCCCACAGGAGAGUGAGACAGUAUAUACUUCCCUAUAUUAAGCCUGGAAUCAAACUUAUAGAUAUGUGUGAAAGACUGGAGAAUGCUUCGAGAACUUUUAUAGAAGAAGAUGAGCUCAAGGCUGGUAUUGCAUUUCCAACUGGCUGUUCCUUAAAUCACGUGGCUGCUCAUUACACUCCCAACUCCGGAGAUGAUACGGUGUUACAAUAUGGAGAUGUUAUGAAACUUGACUUUGGAAUUCACGUCAAUGGCCAUAUCAUAGACUCUGCAUUUACCAUUGCCUUUGAUUCAAAAUAUGACAAUUUGUUACAAGCAGUGAAGGAAGCCACGAAUACUGGCAUCAAAGAAGCAGGUAUCGAUGUGCGACUGUGUGACAUAGGAGCAGCCAUUCAAGAAGUUAUGGAAAGCUAUGAAGUCGAAAUCAAUGGCAAAGUAUUUCCUGUUAAGUGUAUUCGCAAUUUAAAUGGACACAGUAUUGGAAAUUAUCAAAUACAUGCAGGAAAGAGCGUACCUAUAGUGAAAGGUGGGGAUCAAACGAAGAUGGAAGAAAAUGAAGUUUAUGCCAUUGAGACCUUUGGAUCUACUGGUCGUGGAUAUAUUCGAGAAGAUGGAGAAUGUAGCCAUUAUAUGAAACGAAUAGAUGCAGGUCACGUUCCUUUACGUGUUGCUCGAGCAAAGUCUUUGCUAAAUACGAUCAAUAAGCACUUCGGUACUCUUGCCUUUUGUCGCAGAUAUUUGGAUCGUCUAGGCGAGACCAGAUAUUUGUUGGCUUUAAAGAAUCUUUGUGAAAGUGGUAUUGUGGAGCCUUAUCCUCCAUUAUGUGAUGUGCGAGGUUGUUACACUGCACAAUUUGAACAUACCAUCCUGUUAAGACCAACUUGCAAGGAAGUUAUUUCCAGAGGGGAAGAUUAUUGAAUAAAUAAUAUUAUAUCUUUGCUUACA